AUGCCGGGUCCCAUCGAUCCUGAGACGAUCUACACCAAACAAACAUGCAUUGGUGGGGGCAGUUUUGGAAAAGUCUUCAAAGGUGUCGACCGACGAACCGGAGAAUCAGUUGCUAUCAAAAUCAUCGAUGUCGAAAAUGCGGAGGAUGAAGUCGACGAUAUCAUCAAAGAAAUUGCUAUCCUAUCUGAAUUGAAAUCGCCUUAUGUCACCAAGUACCACGGUUCAUACUUGAAGGGGUCCAACCUGUGGAUCAUCAUGGAGUUUUGCUCUGGUGGAAGUUGUCAUGGUCUUCUGCGCCCUGGAGUUAUCCAUGAGGAGUAUAUCGCUAUUAUUCUGCGGGAACUUCUCCGUGGACUGGACUAUCUCCACGCCGAUCAAAAACUGCACCGAGAUAUCAAAGCUGCGAACGUCCUUCUGAGUGCGAGUGGACAAGUCAAGCUGGCAGACUUCGGAGUUUCUGGCCAGCUCUCAGCCACCAUGACCAAGAAGAACACCUUUGUAGGUACUCCUUUCUGGAUGGCCCCCGAAGUCAUCAAACAGUCAGGGUAUGACUACAAAGCGGAUAUCUGGUCAUUGGGAAUUACCGCAAUUGAACUUGCUUGUGGCGACCCUCCAUAUGCCGAUAUUCACCCUAUGAAAGUACUGUUCUUGAUUCCCAAGAACCCACCUCCCACUUUGAACGGUAACUUCAGCAAGCCGUUCAAGCAAUUUGUCGAGCUGUGCCUGCGUCGAGACCCCAAGGAGAGACCCUCGGCAAAGGAACUCCUCGAGCAUCCAUUCGUGAAGCGUGCCAAGAGAACUACAUACUUGACAGAGUUGAUUGAGCGUGCUGAGCGUUGGCAAGUCACCCACCGUGGCCAGGGAGAUGACGAUGAUGAAGACGAUUAUGACGAAAGAGAGCCGGACCACACGAUGCAGGCUAGAUCCCAAGAUGAUGAAGAUCUUUGGGACUUUGGUACUGUUCGUCCAGUAGGAAAGGCUCACGCCGUUCCUCUGCGCCCAAUGAAGGACUCAGAUACGAACUCCCGAACUAAAGAGACAGAGGACUGGGACCUGUGCGAUGAGUCGCCCGGUCAUACGCCAGCACCUCUCCAAUCACGUCAACAAAGCUCACUUAACCCUCUUCACGUCUCCCCCACGAAAACUCCACUUCCUCCCUCUGCCCCAUCUUCUCCUCUUAAGCAAUCUCCCACGCAAUCUUCAUUCUCUCCUCUCAAGUCCAAGUCUCCGUUGCCUCCAAAGCACAAAGACAACUCGCCAUUGAAUGAGCAAUAUGCUCAGGCAGUGUUGAACUACGCAGGCGGUCGUAACACACCUCCCUCUUCCAUGUCCACAACCCAAAACCAAAGCACCCCCACAAAACAACCCUCAAAAGUCUCUCUUCAAGAAUCUCGCACUCCAUCCAACCAACUCUCGCGCAAGCCAGCGCCUCUUGCCCGUCCUUCCAACGAUUCUUUCGCUCCUCAACCUCAAUCUCCACGUACUCAUCAGUCUUCCGGUCUCCCAGGACAAACGGAGCAACUACAAAACGUGAAGCAACCAGCCCUCAAAUCCAAACGGGCACAAGCCAACACGGACGAACGGACCAUCACCACUACUCCUCCCACCCCAAAUGACAGACAAUGGACUCGCCCUCUUCCUGAGGCCGAGCGCGUAACCGCCUGUGGAGCAGUCGUCCUCCCAGCCCUCCGCGCCGCCAUGGACCGUCGUCGCCGCCACCUCGUCAACCUCGAACCAGGUCGCGACGCGCCCGCCACCCCAGAAGAAGAGAAGCAAUUUGACCGCAGCGUCCGUAUCCACCGUGGCAUGGAGCAAGUCGCCGAAGACAUCGCGCGCUCUUUCAGCAACCUCCACCGCUGGGAUAUGGAAGGUCCCGUUGAUAUGGGUGGCGGUGUUGAUGCCGUUCUUGAUGCGUUCCUUGAAGAGGUCCUGGUUCGCUUGCAGCCUGCCCCAUCCCCUUCCCCACCACCGUCGUCUUAG